UUAGGUGGGGGUAGGUACGUUAGUUCAGGUGUGCGAUGCUGAGCUGACAACAUCUACUCCUACAAGUCUACCAUACCACGUCCCCGUCGUCCAUGGCACUGCCGCCGCGGGUCAUGGACGAACCCGUCUCACCUGUGGGUCGGGUCGUACACCCUGGUAAUGCUGGUGGUCAGUCGGGCGUCGCACAAUCACAUCUACCCCGGACCACCAGUAGCCGAGUAUGGAGGCGAGGUCAUAACCCGCAAGGACCUAAAAGCCCAAGCGGGGUAUGACAAACUAUGGAGUUUUCCCUGCGACGUUGCUAGUAAUCUGAUUUCGAUUGGAUUGCUAGUUUCGUUGCACGGGCUCCCGGCUCCGCUUAUGGAGUAGGUGGCAUAAGCGGACUAUACACACCUGCCUGCGUAUGUCCUGCGCAGUUGAACGCCGUACGUCGGGAUGCAGGAGUCCUGGGGGCUGAGACCUACAGGGGGUCGGGGUUAGUUAUCUCCUUAGGACGAUACGCCCUUUUCGGUCCGAAUUUCAGACAAAACGGUUACCCUGCAGCUAGCCACUGCAGGGCAGUGGACACGCGUCCCGUACGGUCGAGGUGGUACGGUCCGCUGGCCAGAUGUGGGGGGGGCGUCCUCUGGGAGGACGCUGGGGCUCGGCCAUGCUGAAGGAGCAAGGGCGGGUGGAACCACUGGAGGAAAUGGGAUCGUUUCCUUCAGCCACUCGUCUGCAGCACCUGAUGUCGCGCAUGAGACCCAACUCAACACAUCUAUACCUUCCGGGUAUUCCUGGUGUACUAUAAGUUACAUCCCCAACGUUGCGGGCUCCAUGGAGGGUGGGAAGCACGGGAGGUGAAAUAUAAACAAAUAUAAAAAUGGACAAACACAGAUCCAACCCCAAAACCAGCAGCAGGUCGCAGCUUCCACGGAAGCGCCCUGCGCGAACAAGGGAACGGUCGCAGCUUCCUCGGAAGCGCCUGAACCCAAGGCCACAACGACCAACGCUCCCGCCACUAAUGUGGCUGGUGAGCAAGAGUGGCAGGUCUCGAAACGUAAGCGCACACCAUCAGAUAUGCGCAAAAAACAAAAACGCGCGGCCCUACGCGCAAACAAGCAAGCCUCGGAUAGGGACGGACGGCAACCAGCCGUCGCAGGACAGCCGACAAAGGCCCCUGCUGCUGAUGUCAGCGCGAAGCAACCGCAACGCCCCGGCGGAAGCCAGGGUGGUGCACCGCAGCGCGCUGACAAAGGAGCACGUCCUGCACCGGGCGCGAAGGAGAAAUCCAACGCGACCGAGAAAGCGAGGCGCAAACGUGGGGGCAGAGGGAAGAAGGGAAAAGCGGCGCCAGAGAAGCAGACUGGCACGGGCCCAGUACCCAAACGUCCUCGCCCUGACGACACACUAUCGCCAAAAACGAGCUGUCCGAAGCGAACCAAAACCUCCACUGGUUCGGGUGUGGUAAGGAAGGCCGUCUCCUACGCUGACACUGUAGUCUUAAACGACCUGUAUGUCGCAGUGAUGACGGAACCCUUCAAGGACCUCACACCGGAACAAGUGGAGGAAUUAAAGCUGACUCUGGAGACCAGCAUCGUAGAUCUGGUGGGCACUCCGAGCUCCAGCCCACACGCUCCGCACUGGCCCUCCUUCCGUGGAAAGCCUUUCCACAGUGAAGGGGUGCUAAAACUACAGUGCGAGAGCAAAAGGGACGUAGAGUGGCUCAAGGACACCAUAGCCACCUGCGUGUCACCAAUUCCCGACACAAAACUGGUCGUAAAGCGCCAGAUUGACAUUCCCCGACGGGUGAAGUCCGCUGUACUGCUACCAAGCUGUUCGGAAGACGUUAGGACGAUCCAGAUCCUCCUACGUAGACAGAACCCUUGGUAUCAGGUCAGCAGCUGGUCGCUUUACAAUGUCGAGCGCCAUGAAGGGACUACGUCUGGAGCCUUCCUGGUUCUCGGCAUCCCGGCAGACCAGAUUCCGGGAAUAAUAGCUAGGGAGCGUAGGCUUGCCUAUAAACUGGGCAACGCCUACAUCCGAUUCUUUAACAGCAAUGGCAAGCUGCUUGAUGCGCCGCCACCUGCUGAGACUGCGACGGCUACUGUAGUGAGCGGUGCCCUCUCCGCUGCGAAGCAGAGAGAAUGCACCACUCCUAAUACAGAAGCUGGCGCGUCGGUGUCGGAGGUUAGCGAACCGAGCUCCGUUGAGAGACAGAGCUCGACAGGCGAACCUGCGGUCCCCCAACCAACCUCCAGCGCAAGCGAGAGGGCGGGAGGGGCGUCAGCCUGCCCGCUGACAACCCCGCGCGAGGACGCUGAUGACAGCGACCUUGAGAGGGAUGUCGCGCAGCUGAUGGACCACGACGCCCCGCUGGAAUCGGACGAGGAGAUGAGCAUCAAAGAUGGCUCCUCCACCCCUAACUAACUUCAUACAAACCAACCUCCAGCAUAAACAAGCCGCAACGGCUACCUUGCGAAGAAUGCUGGAGGUCAACAACGAGACCGUCGCCCUUAUCCAGGAGCCGUGGAUAAGGAAGGGCAGAAUCUGCGGUCUAAACAACAUCGGAGAGACCUGACUACGGUCAGGCUCCAGAGUAACUGCGCCAGCAGCCCAGAGAUCAUCAUAGCGUCUGCCUACCUGCCGGGCGACGCGGACAUACCGACGGUCGAGCUGGCAAACCUCAUCCGACACUGCGAAAACAAGAAGCUU